GCUCCCUGGGCCGUUGCCUGCCCCCUGCUCCUCUGUCCUUCCUUUUCAAGCCUCCCCUCCAGGAAGUGGGGUCGGGUGUGGCCACUGGCCUCUCACCCCCUUGGGGACCUUGCAGCCUCAUCUGGACACACAGCUUUGUUUGCGUCAGCUUUGUUUUCUAAUGGGGAGGAAGACGAGCCUCAGGAGUCUCCUUGGACAGCUUGGGGGCUGUGAAAUCUGGUCCUAUGAACGGGAAGCGAAGAGCACAGAGCAGGGACGCAGGGAGCCGGGGAGGGACACGAUGGCCACGGCCCUCUUCUUUGCGGCUCUCCUCCCCAGUCGGGAGCACAGCAGCCCAACGGAUAAGGACUUUCAAGUGCUAGAACCAGAAAGAGCCCGGGGAAGCCUCUAUCCAUUCGAGAUGAAGGGGCAGGUGCUCAGAGCCAGAAUCCAGGAGAGUCCAGAGUCCAGGAGAUCCUGACGCACCCGGCUCUCCACAGCAGCGGCGAUGGGUGAGGACGUGGAGGUAUGGAAGCAGGUGUUCCAGGAAUUAAUUCAGGAGCUGAAACCAUGGCACAAAUGGACCUUGACACUAGACAAAGACCUUCUUCCCAACACCCUGCAGCCAGGGUGGUCACAGUACCAGCAGUGGGCCUUCGCCAGGUUCCAGUGCUCCCUGUGCUCUCGUCGUUGGGCCUCUUCCCAAGUUCAGGUCCUUUUCCACAUGCACAAGAGUAAGGGGGAACCCCAGGGCAAGGUGAGGAUGAGGGUCUUUGCCCAGAGAUGUCGGAAGUGCUGUCAGUCUCCAUUUGAGGUUCCCGAGUUCACCACAGAGAACAUCUCAAGGAUCCUGAAUAACUUGGUGUUCCGAAUUCUGAAGAAAUGCUACAGAGAAGGAUUUAAGUCGAUGGAGGAGCUUCCUAUGAUCAAGGAAAUCUCUCUUGAGGGGCCGCAUGACAGUAACAACUGUGAGGCAUGUCUACAGGGCUUUUGUGCUCAGAGUGGGGUGGGUCCAGCCGUGCAGGCACCGAUGUCCCCGGCACUUGCCUCCAUAAGCUCACCUACUUUCGGGACCAUCAUUCCCAUGCCCUCUCCCGCAGGGAGUGGCACCACAGUGGACGCGGUGAACACCCAGGCCAACAAGGGAAAGCCUUUACCCAGACCCUCGUAUGCAGGGCCCACGCAGGCUGCCAGCCUCCCCACCCACUGGAGCCCGAGAGCAAACACCUACCACCACGUGGAGAGGCGAGUUCAGGUCACCCGCUGGCGUGAGGGACUCUGUUCCCACAGAGCCCCAAAUCCCAGGUACAGGUAUGGGAAUGUUUGCUGUUUUUGCCUCGUCCUAGUCAUCGUGGUGGUGAUUAUCGUAGAGACUAUUCAGUGGAUCUCAACGUGACGCCAAGUUCAAAGUCAUGUAGUAUGAUCCCCAGGAUAGGAAAUUUCCAGAAUAGGUAAAUACAGAGACAGGGAGCAGAUUGGU